AUGGCGGCCUCCCACUCCCGGCUCCGAGCUGACGCGCCGCUCUUCGUGCCGCCUGCGUCGUCCUUCGUCCCGCCGGCGGUCGCUCCUGAGAUCGUGGCGUACGUGUCUAAUCCGGAGGUCCUACCGCCGCUGGGCCUCAUCCCAAUGUUCCCGUGCCAGGCUCCGCCUCCGCCGCUGGGGUUCCCGGGCUGCCCGGGGUUCCCGCAGGGCCCAGGUGUAGGGAUGCCGGGCGCGUUCCCCCACCCGGCCGCCUGGGCGCCGCCGAUGCCGAUACCGCACGGGACGAUGGCGUUCCCUGCGGGGUCGCACCGUGCCCCUCUGCAGCCUCAGCUUCCCCUCGUCACGCCGAUCCCGCAGGACGGUUGCAACCCACCGUCGCGCACUGCGCGUACUCGACGUGCUUCCGGUGGUAGGCCGCGGCCCUGGCUCGACGUGCCGCCACGGAUGCAGCGAGCGGCGUGUCCGGUGCCAUUCCCGUCACCCCGCGGCGUGGAGGUCAUCGGGGUCGGAGGCGACGCCGCCGCGAAGGGGGAGCCGGCCAACGAGCCGUCCCCGCGCUCAGUGCUCGUUACCGCGAGCACGCCCGUUUCGCCGACAAGCUCCCUCCCGGCGACCUUCCCCUUGCCGCACCUGACUUCCCCUACGCCGCCGGCGUCCACGGGUCUCACCCCGGCAACGGAGCCUUCCCCCGGCUCCGAGCUCGCUACCGUUGGUCCGCCGCAGAGGAGGCGGCGGCAGCGCGCGCUUCCUCCCCAGCAGGCUUCCGGCGGCGAAGUGCGCCGCCGCGUCCGGAAGACACGGCGCCUGUUCAACCCUGCUUCCAAUCGGACGUCUCUAAUGAUCAGAAACAUCCCUAAUAGUUUCACGAGGAUGAGGCUGAUGAACAUCAUUGAUCAACAUUGUGCUGAAGAAAACGCGAAAGUCAUAUCGGCCGGCGGCGGCAUCUGGUCGGAAUACGACUUCCUCUACCUGCCGAUCGACUUCGGGACCAAGUCCAACAAGGGCUACGCCUUCGUAAACGUAACCACGCCGGCCGCGGCGCGCCGGCUCUGGGAGCACCUGCAUGGGUAUCGCUGGAAGGUCAGGGGCUGCGGCAAGACGUGCGAGGUUGACCACGCGGCAAUCCAGGGGCGGGACGCGUUGGUGGCCCAUUUCUCGGGGUCGUGCUUCGACUGCGAGACGGCGGAGUUCCUGCCGGUGUGGUUCCAGCCGCCGCGGGACGGCGCUUGGCCGGCCGUGGGCGUGCAGCAUGUCGUCGGUCAACUAGGGCGCCGCUCCUGA